CUCGGUGAGCACACAGUCCUAGUGUUGCGUUGGUCCGACCACUGUGCCGGACGCAUGUUCACAUUUUGUCGGCACGGCACGGCACGCAAAUACCGACCGCUCGUUUCGUCGACCACCUGUUGAGUGUAAGCGUGCGCGUGUGCAUUAAACAACGGACACGGGACGCUGAGCGGACAGCUACGAAGGGGAGUAAAAUAAUUAAAACAAAGCCGAAAAAGGUACACGAGCCCGAAAGCUUCUUGGUUCGCCGGUGAGAUGGGACGAAAAGCGGGCGACACGUACGACCUAGACGGCAUGAUCUCGCCCAUGUACGCGCUGGCGACAACCAGCAAGGGCAAGAACGGCGUCGGCUGGAUGGGCUUCAAAGCGGUACCCGUGGACGAGCCUAAGCCACGGUCCACAAUGUUUUUCAUCGACAUCGGUGUUAGCCCUAAGACGGUGGACGCUGUACUGCACAUACUCAUCAUCUGUCUCGUGCUGUUCAUCAUAAUCAACUGCAUGUGUAAGUUCGUGUGGCUGUUCUUAAAGUAAUGAACUCACCGCCGUGACAAUAUCGAACUUGCGUGUAAAUAGACAAAUGUAUAGACACCAUCAUGAAGGAUACCUAACCUCUUCUAAAAUAAUUAUCGUGAUUGUUUAACAUCAUAUCACACUCCAAGAAUACAAACGGCAAAACUAAAAAAUAGUAAUUACUGAGAAAAUGCAAUUAAAGAUUUUAAGAAUUUUCAAAACCGACCAACAAUACUAUUUUAUGUGAUAUUUUGACUUUUUUGUUUUAAUUACUUGUCAUUAAUCAUUAUUUUCUAUUUUCAUAGAGAAUUCUCUAAUACUCAACACCACAAAAAAAAAAAAUCAACUUUAAUAAUAAACAAUCUUAAAGAGAAAAACAAACAUAUUUUAUAUUUUCAUCAUUUUCUACUUUGAAUUAAUCUUAAAAUAAGAUGAAAAAAAGAGAUGAGUGCAAAUAAUAGAUAUUUAUCCCGUGGUUUCAGCAGUGGUGACAACUCAAAAUCGACUUGAGUUAUAUCGUUUGUAUUCUAAAGGUACGAUAUUUUCUUACGAUACCCCCCUCAUCCUCCCGAUGAUUGUGUAAUAUUAGUCAUUAUGCUUAUUAUGUCUUUAUUUUGUAAAAAAGAAAUACAUGUAUAUAUUUAUUUAUCUAACA